UGGGCGAGGCUCUUUCCCGAUUCUAGAAACCCACCCUAAAAUAUUGACAUUUCCGGCAUAAAAUUCAACGGCAUUCAAAAGUUCCUUACUUUGUCCGGUCCAAUUCAUAUUUUAGCGUUAUUAGUCAAAGAGGAGACUCCUCAAAACUUACCGGCAUGGUCAGAAAGCGGAGGCACGCACAACUACGUUUACUUCUCGCACAUUGCUAAAUUCCCUGGCAAAUCUGAGCAAAUCGUUUUGUUUUGGAGUCUCUUGGGAGCGGUAGAAAGAGAUGGCUCAGAACGGAAAAGUUGUCCCAAAUUGUGCAUAUGGAUCAAAUCCUUACCAUGAAUGUUCGGAGGCUUGCUUGAAAAAGAUCAAGGAAGGCAAACCACAGAAAAACCAAAAGAGAUCAGGUUAUCCCAAAAGUGUAGCCAACGGUGAGCUUGGCAAGAAGACUAAUGAAGACAGACGAAGGCACUCGUCUUGCCCUAAAGCAUCUAAUCCUUAUCAUGAAUGUAAUGACAAUUGCUACAGGGGAAUUUCAACAACUGAGACAGGUGCCAAUAAGAUGGUCAGGAGAAAGAAGCCAGAACCACCUGUUAUUGACAGUGUUCCUGCCUCAAAAAUUGGAGCAAUCUAUUUCUCUGAUGUGUCAUCACCAAUAGCACAUUAUUCUGAAAAGAAUGGGGCUGAGAUAACGGGUGAUAAGAACACAUCUCCGAAGCCAGUUUCAAGAGAAAUUCAUGACCAAGAAAUCAUGGUACCUGCCUACCACAAAGACCUACCAAAGGAUCCUGCUAAGCAGCUUGGCAGCCCAAAACACACAAAUCAAGAAGAGGAAAAAAAUGGUUCUCCUAAAGUUUUUCCAAUCACCUAUGCUGAUGACAGAGGAGGUCUCACUGUUUCAAACGGCGGAUCCAUGGAUUUUAGCAAUGAAGACAGUGACGAGGAUGAGAUUGCAUCUGUGGCUUCAGAAUCCCGUGUUUCAGUUGGAAGGUAUCAUGUGAAAGAAAGUUAUGCUCCAAUCCUGCAAUCAAUCUUUGACAAGUAUGGGGAUAUAGGACAAAGCUGUCAUUUGGAAUCAGUUGCCAUGCGCUCUUAUUACAUGGAGUGUGUAUGCUAUGUGGUUCAAGAGCUACAGUCCUCCUCAGUAAUGGAGUUAACGAAGUCCAAAGUGAAGGAAUUAAUGGCAAUUCUUAAGGAUGUUGAGUCUGCUCAACUCCGAGUAGCCUGGCUGCAUAGUAUACUUGAAGAAGUUGCUGAAAACAUGGAAAUCAUCAAUCAGCACCAGGAGGUGGAGAUGGCGAAGGCUAACUGUGAUCGUGAAGUUGAAUCACUGAGGAAAGAGCUGGAAUCAGAUUUGAAAGUCUUGGCUCAGAGAGAACAAGAGGUUACUACUAUCAGAACACGAAUUGCUGACGCCAGAGAUCGCUUGAAGGAGCUUGAGAUCCAGUCUUCUGAACUGGACAGGAGCAUGCUGUCAAUCAAGUCUGAGGUCGGUAAAUUGGAUAGUAAAUCCUUGUUAGAUGGGUUAUUGUAGUACUAAUUCGGAGCAAUUUCGUAUUUGAAAUGUCCAAAAGAUCAACUAGUAUAUAACCAAUGAAUAAAUUCGUUAAGUUGCAUAUAUAUAAGCAGGGUAAGAACACAUAGAAUAGGCACGCAUCCUUACCAUUGUUCUUAUGUGCCUUGUGUUAUCACAUGACAUUGUAAUGUUGGGUACACAUGAUUGACCGUCUGGGGCUUCUGUAGUCUUGUAAAUCAUUUACAUUUUGUGUUUUUGAAAUUUGUGGUAAAACCUUAUUUGCUGUACUUCAAGCAUGGUUAAACAGGUAUAAAGGUACUACAAUGUAUUAAUCUCAUAUCCUCUGUAUUCAAGUUUUAUGGCAAA